UUAUCCGUCCAUCCGUCCAUGCCCCCCAGGGACCUGCCGGACGUGGCCCAGGCGGCCCAGGGGCCCCGCCGGAGCAGCGCGCCCACCGAGCUGGGCAUCAAGUGCGUCCUGGUGGGCGACGGCGCCGUGGGCAAGAGCAGCCUCAUCGUCAGCUACACCUGCAAUGGCUACCCCAACUGCUACCGCCCCACCGCCCUCGACACCUUCGCAGUACAGGUCAUGGUGGACGGAGCCCCUAUGCGGAUUGAACUCUGGGACACGGCUGGACAGGAGGAGUUUGACCGCCUGCGCUCCCUGUGCUACCCCGACACGGACGUCUUCCUGGCUUGCUUCAGCGUGGUCCAGCCCGGCUCCUUCCAGAACAUUGCCGAGAAGUGGCUACCCGAGAUCCGCACCCACAACCCGCAGGCGCCCGUGCUGCUGGUGGGCACCCAGGCCGACCUGCGGGAUGAUGUCAACGUGCUGAUCCGUCUGGACCAGGGGGGCCGGGAGGGCCCCGUGCCCCCGCCCCAGGCCCAGGGACUGGCUGAGAAGAUCCGGGCCCAGGGCUACCUGGAGUGCUCGGCCCUGACCCAGAAGAACCUCAAGGAGGUAUUUGACGCAGCCAUCCUCAGCGCCAUCGAACAUAAGGCCCGGCUGGAGAAGAAGCUCAAUGCCAAAGGCGUCCGCACCCUCUCCCGCUGCCGGUGGAAGAAGUUCUUCUGCUUCGUCUGAACCCCCCGCCGCCCCCCGACCCUGGCGGGUCAGGAAGCAGCAGGGGGUGGAGGGCAGCGGAAGGCCGGGACU